AUGGCUACCCCCAGUGUCCUUACUUUUGAUACUGAGGGUCGUGCAGUUGACUUUGAGGUCUGGGUCGAUGACCUCCAGCUGUUCCUACAGUGCGAUAGGGCAGACGGACUCUCCCUGUUCGAUCUCACCUUUGGUGUCUCUCUUGCCCAGCCUGCUACUGCUGACAGCACUUACAAGAGUGCUAAGACCUUGUACGACGCUGUAGUUGCACGCUACUCUUCCCCUGCCACUGCUGCGCUUAGCCGCUUCAUACUACCGUACGUGUUCCUUCACCUUGCUGCCUUUCCCACAGUCGCUGAACUCAUUACGCACCUUCGCACUAGUGACACUCGCUACCACGCUGCGCUUCCUGCUGAGCUCUGUGCCAAGAACCCCCCCCACCCCAUGUACAUCACCCUCUACUACAUAGUCACCCGGCUCCCUGACUCCCUUCGCUUAGUCACGGACCACUUCCUCUCAGUUUGCCCCACCACACUCAUCGUCGACCUCCUCGAGGAGCGCCUCCUAGCAGCAGAGAAGAGCAUAGUCGCUGUAGGAGCCUUAAGUGGUGACCCUCGCACCCUCGUCUUUGAGGGGUGUUCUCCCUCCCCCCUCUUGCCCUCUGUUGCUUCUGCUGCUGCGGCCGACCUCGUUGGCUUCGAGUCGCUCGGCGCUGCGUCUGCCCCUAGCGGGAAGCGCCGCACCGGCAAGGGCAAGGGAGGCAAGGGCGCUGGGGGGGCUAUUGGGGGCGGUGGAGUGGUGGUGGAGGCAGUGGUGGGGGUGGGGGUGGUGGUGGGAGUGGUGGCGGGGGUGGAGGUGUCGGUGGCAGCAUGGCAGGCGGAGCAAGCGGCGGUGGUGGCGGAGGCGGCGGAGAUGGCACAGGUGGCGGAGGUGGCGGAGGCGACGGAGGCACCGGUGGAGCUGGUCACGGCUCUACGCAGAGGAGUGGCUCCGGUGGUGGUCCGGGUCAGCAGCAGCAGCGUGGUCGUGAGACCCUAUCUAGGGCGGGGGUAG